UAUUUCCGUCUACACCCACCUAGCGAGGCAUUGGAGUCGCGUGCUUCACAGGCCUGGCGUGGCCCUCUCUCAGCCCGCUGCCCGUGACGGGAAUCCAUCGUGACAGGAUACCAGCAGCACCUCCGACUGUAAACAUGGCGGCGUGCACAGCCGGAUGCCUGUGCUAUGUGCCCCCUUACUGAAGCCCGGAUCAUCGACACACUUCCAUGAUGGAGACCGAGGAGGAACAGCACAUGACCACGCUGUUAUGCAUGGGCUUCCCAGACCCGGUGGCCAUCCGGAAAGCCCUGCGCCUGGCCAAAAACGACAUCAACGAGGCUGUCGCGCUGCUCACCAACGAAAGCCCGGGACUCGGAUACGGCUACGAGCCGAUGGAAAGCGGCCCUUCCCCGGGCUCCGGCCUCAGCGGAGACGGCGAGAACAGCGGGCGCACGGGCACCGGAGGGUUCGAUCCUCCGCCUGCGUAUCACGAUGUCGUUGAAAGUGAGAGGAGUAAUGAUGAGAACGGAAACUGUUCUGGGAUCAGUAUGGAGUUUCCCACCACUAAUCUAUAUGAGCUGGAGAGCAGAGUGUUCACUGAUCACUGGUCCAUCCCGUACAAGAGAGAGGAAUCGCUCGGCAAGUGCCUCAGCGCCUCCACCUGCCUGGCCAGACUGGGCCUGGCCGAUGCAGAUGAGAACUGUAAGAGAUUUGUUGAGCGCUGCAUGCCUGAAGCCUUCAAAAAGUUGCUGACGUCCAGUGCGGUGCACAAGUGGGGAACAGAGAUUCACGAGGGCAUCUACAACAUGCUGAUGCUGCUGGUGGAUCUGGUCGCAGAGAGAGUCAAACAGGAUCCGAUACCCAUCGGCCUCAUGGGAGUUCUCACUAUGGCUUUUAACCCUGAUAAUGAGUAUCACUUUAAGAAUCGGAUGAAGGUCUGUCAGAGGAACUGGGCGGAAGUGUUUGGAGAGGACAGCAUGUUCGCUGUUUCUCCCAGCUCCAGCUACCAGAAGGAACCUCACGGCUGGCUGGUGGACUUGGUGAAUCGGUUUGGAGAGAUGGGAGGCUUCACAGCUAUUCAGUGCAAGCUCAACCAGGAAGAGCUAGAGAUUGGGUGUGUAUCAGCUCUGGUUCAGCCGCUCGGUGUGUGUGCAGAAUACCUCAACUCCAGCCUGGUGCAGCCCAUGUUGGACCCAGUCAUCCAUAAGAUGAUAACAUAUGUGCAGAACCUGGAGGAGAAAGACCUGAAAGACAAGCGUUUGGUGAGUAUUCCAGAGCUCUUGUCGGCCAUUAAGCUCCUCUGCAUGCGUUUCCAGCGGGAGUUGGUGAACGUCGUGGAUGACCUUCGGCUGGACAUCCUUCUCCGAAUGCUCAAGACGCCCCACUUCAGUGCCAAAAUGAACUCCCUCAAAGAGGUCACGAAACUCAUUGAGGAAAGCACAGUUUCCAAGACUGUGAAGAACGCCAUCGACACAGAUCGACUCCUGGACUGGCUGGUAGAAAACUCAGUUCUGUCAAUAGCUUUGGAAGGAAACAUUGACCAGGCCCAGUACUGUGACAGAAUAAAGGGAAUCAUUGAGCUGUUGGGCAGUAAGCUCUCAUUGGAUGAACUCUCCAAAAUAUGGAAAAUACAGGCUGGUCAGUCCUCGACUGUGAUUGAGAACAUCCACACCAUCAUCGCCGCUGCUGCCGUCAAGUUCAACUUUGACCAGCUCAGCCACCUCUUCGUUCUCAUACAGAAGAGCUGGGAGGUUGAGAGUGAUCGUGUGAGACAGAAGCUUCUGAGUCUGAUUGGACGGAUCGGCAGAGAGGCUCGCUCUGAGGCGACCACAGGAAAGGUGUUGGAGGUGUUGUGGGAGUUGGCGCAUCUCCCCACCCUUCCUACCACUCUAGUACAGCAGGCCCUGGAAGAACAUCUCACCAUCCUCAGCGACGCAUACGCUGUCAAAGAAACCAUCAAGAGGAACUACAUCAUCAAAUGCAUCGAAGAUAUCAAGAAGUCGUCUCAGCAGACUAACCCUCAGACUGUGUGGGUGGUUCCAGCAUUGCGGCAGCUUCACGAGAUCACGCGGUCUUUUAUCAAACAGACGUACCAGAAACAGGACAAGAGUAUAAUCCAGGACCUGAAGAAGAACUUUGAGAUAGUGAAGCUGAUCACAGGCUCUCUGGUGUCAUGUCAUCGCUUGGCCGUGUCUGUCGCUGGAUCCAAUGGUCUUUCUGGGUCCACACUGGUUGAUGGGCGGUACUCCUAUCAGGAGUAUUUGGAGGGUCACUUGAAGUUCCUUGCAUUCUUCCUGCAAGAGGCCAGUCUGUACCUGGUCUGGAGUAGAGCCAAAGAGAUCUGGGAAUGCUUGGUGUCUGGCAUGGAUGUGUGCGAGCUGGAUCGAGAGAUGUGUUUCGAAUGGUUCACUAAGGGACAGCAUGAUCUAGAGAGUGAUGUUCAGCAGCAGCUCUUUAAAGAGAAGAUUCUCAAGCUGGAACCUUAUGAGAUCACUAUGAACGGGUUUAACCUCUUCAAGACCUUCUUUGAGAAUGUGAACCUCAGUGACCACCGUCUCAAACGGCAGGGAACACAACUGUGCGUGGAGCGAUUGGAUCUGGCUGGGAUGGACUUCAUCUGGAGGAUCGCAAUGGAAUCUCCAGACGAGGACAUCGCUAAUGAAGCCAUACAGCUCAUCAUUACCUACAGCUACAUUAACCUCAACCCCAAAAUGAAGAAGGACUCAGUAUCUCUACAUAAAAAAUUCAUAGCUGACUGCUAUAAGAGAUUGGAGGCUGCUAGCUCUGCGUUGGGCGGCCCGACCCUCACACACGCUGUUACCCGAGCAACCAAGAUGCUGACAGCCACUGCUAUGCCAACGGUCGCCACAUCAGUGCAAUCUCCAUCCAGGUCCAGUAAACUAGUUAUCAUUGAGAGACUUCUGUUACUGGCAGAGCGUUAUGUCAUCACUAUAGAGGACCUGUAUUCUGUUCCUCGAACUAUUCUACCUCAUGGAGCGUCUUUCCACGGCCAUCCUGUCACACUUCACAUCACAUACGAAUCUACCAAAGACACAUUCACCUUGGAGGGCCACAGCAACGAGACCAUAGGCAGCAUCAGAUGGAAGAUAGCCGAGCAGCUCAGCUGUCCGGUGGACAAUGUGCAGAUAUUUGCAAAUGACAGCAUGCUGACAAUGAAUCGUGACCAGAAGCUGUUGAAUCAGCUGGGUUUCUCUGAUGAGCAGAGUCUGACGGUAAAGAGCUCAGGAACAGGCACUCCAUCAGGCAGUUCAGCGGACAGCUCUGCCUCCGCCAGCUCCAGCAGCAGCGGGGUCUUUAACUCGGCGUAUGCUUUGGAGCAGGAGAAAUCUCUUCCUGGUGUGGUCAUGGCAUUGGUGUGUAAUGUCUUUGAGAUGCUUUAUCAGCUCGCCAAUUUGGAGGAACCCAGAAUAACUUUGCGUGUCAGGAAGUUGUUGCUGCUUAUCCCGACUGACCCAGAGGUACAAGACGCCCUUGAUAACUUUGUGCCAAAAGAGUCCAGCGUCUGGAGUCACCAGAAAACUCUGUUUACGCUGGGGUCUGGUUCUCAGGCUUCAAAGUCUCCAUCUCUGUCCAGUAAACAGCAGCACCAGCAGAGUGCAGCGUCCAUCCUGGAGUCUCUGUUUCGUUCCUCUGCCCCUGGCAUGUCCACGUUCAGAGUGCUUUAUAACCUUGAGGUGCUGAGCUCCAAGUUGAUGCCCACAUCUGAUGAUGAAAUGGCAAAGACCAGUGUUAAAUCUUUCUGUGAGAACUUCCUCAAAGCGGGAGGUCUCAGUCUGGUGGUUAACGUCAUGCAGAGAGACUCCAUCCCCUCUGAGGUGGACUAUGAGACCAGACAAGGAGUCUACUCCAUCUGCCUGCAGCUGGCCAGGUUCCUGUUGGUAGGACAGGCUAUGCCUAGUAUGCUGGAUGAGGAGUUGAGCAAGGAAGGUCUGGACACUCUGUCCUCUCGGCCGUUUCGUAACGCCGGGCGGCAGAGCGGCCGACAGCUCUCCGUCUGCGGGACUCCAGAGAAGUCCUCCUACAGGCAGGUGUCCAUGUCUGACAGAUCCUCCAUCAGAGUGGAAGAAAUCAUCCCGGCCGCCCGCGUCGCCAUACAGACAAUGGAGGUGGGAGACUUCACUUCCACAGUGGCAUGUUUCAUGAGGCUCACCUGGGCGGCAGCUGCAGGCCGACUGGAUCUGGUUGGAAGCAGCCAGCCAAUCAGAGAGACCACUAACUCGCUUCUCCCGCUGGGUGUUCGUAGCAGGGUCAGCAGCACAGGAAGUAACUGCAGCUCGAGCAGUGAGGGAGAAGUCACCACGUUGCAGGCUGGGAUAUGCGUCAAACAGCUGUUUGUGUCCAUCAAAGACACUAUUAUUGCAAGAGAAGCACUCUCUUUACUCGUCACAUGCCUUCAGCUACGCUGCCAACAGCUAUCUUCAUUUUACUCUCUGCCUUCUGUGAAUGAUUUCAUCAUUGAUAUUCUGUUGGGGUCGCCCAGUGGAGAGAUCCGACAUGUAGCGUGCGAUCAGCUGUACACUCUCAGUCAGUCAGACACAUCUGCAUACCCUGACCUCCAAAAGCCCAACCUCUUCCUGCUAAAGGUGGUUCUGACAGCCCAACUUCCUCUCUGGUCCCCCACCAGUAUCAUGAGGGGCGUUAACCAAAGGUUGCUUUCACAGUGCGCAGAGUAUUUUGAUCUGAGGUGCCAGCUACUAGAUGACCUGACCACAUCAGAAAUGGAGCAGCUUCAGAUCAGCCCUGCGGUCAUGCUGGAGGACGAGAUCAGCUGGCUUGAUAAUUUUGAGCCCACUUGGACCAACGAGCUGGAGACCAGCGAGGCAGACAACAUCCUGCUGGCCGGACACCUGCGCCUCAUUAAAACCCUGCUGUCCCUCUGCGGCAGUGAGACAGAGCAGUUCGGUCCUUCUCUGAUCCAGCAACUGUUGGAUGACUUCUUGUUCAGAGCGUCACGAAUCAUCCUGAACAGUGACAGCUCAUCUAGCACGACAGCAUCUAUCCACGACUUUCACCCAAAGUGCAGUACGGUCAGCAGUCGUCUGGCGGCGUACGAGGUGCUGGUCAUGUUAGCCGACAGCUCUCUUACUAACCUGCAGCUCAUCACUAAAGAACUGCUGUCCAUGCACCACCAAUCCGACCCAUCUCUCACCAAAGAGUUCGACUAUCUUCCUCCUGUAGACAGUCGCUCUGUGUCUGGGUUUGUGGGACUGAAAAACGGAGGUGCAACCUGCUACAUGAAUGCAGUGUUCCAGCAGCUCUACAUGCAGCCUGGUUUGCCUGAGGCUGUCUUGUCAAUUGAAGAUGACACUGAAAACCCAGAGGAGAGUGUGUUCUGUCAGGUGCAGUCUCUGUUCGGUCACCUGAUGGAGAGCAAACUACAGUACUACAUACCUGAGAACUUCUGGAAGAUAUUUAAGAUGUGGAAUAAAGAGUUAUAUGUACGAGAACAGCAGGACGCCUAUGAGUUCUUCACCAGUCUGGUGGAUCAGCUUGAUGAACAUCUAAAGAAAAUCGGUCGUGAGCAGAUCUUCAAAAACACAUUCCAGGGCAUUUUCUCUGAUCAGAAGAUAUGUAAAGACUGUCCACACAGGUAUGAGCGCGAGGAGACGUUCAUGGCUCUGAACUUGGGGGUGACAUCCUGUCAGAGUCUGGAGAUCUCUCUCGAUCAGUUUGUCAGAGGAGAGGUCCUGGAUGGCAGCAAUGCUUAUUACUGCGAGAAAUGUAAAGAGAAGCGGACCACUGUGAAGCGGACCUGUAUAAAGUCUCUGCCCAGCGUGCUGGUCAUCCACCUCAUGCGAUUCGGCUUUGACUGGGAAAGCGGUCGGUCCAUCAAAUACGAUGAGCAGAUCCGAUUCCCCUGGGUGCUGAACAUGGAGCCGUACACAGUGUCAGGAAUGGCCCGUCAAGAUUCAAGUGCAGAUCAUGGAGAAAACGGGAGAGGGGGCGAGGCUGGAUCCGGGGGAUCGCCUCGGAAGAAGGUCACCAUCUCAGAGAACUACGAACUGGUGGGAGUGGUGGUCCACAGCGGACAGGCCCAUGCAGGACACUAUUACUCAUUCAUCAAAGACCGCCGGGGUAGUUCACGAGGACGCUGGUAUAAGUUUAACGACAAUGUUGUUGAAGAGUUUGACAUGAACGAUGAGACUCUGGAGUACGAGUGUUUUGGAGGAGAGUACAGACCCAAAGUUUAUGACCAGUCUAACCCCUACCCGGAUGUGCGGCGGCGCUACUGGAACGCCUACAUGCUGUUCUACCAGCGCAUCAGUGACCAGAACUCCCCCGUCCUGCCCAAAAAGAGUCGAGUCAGCAUUGUGAGGCAGGAGGCAGAGGAUCUCUCACUGUCAGCCCCAUCCUCUCCAGAGAUCUCACCCCAAUCCUCCCCACGGCCCCCCCGAGCCAACAAUGACCGCCUCACCCUGCUCACACGCUUGGUCAAGAAAGGAGAGAAGAAGGGUCUGUUUGUGGAAAAGAUGCCUGCUAGGAUCUAUCAGAUGGUGAGAGAUGAAAAUCUGAAGUUCAUGAAGAACCGAGACGUUUACAACAGUGAUUAUUUCAACUUCACACUGUCUCUAGCGUCUGUCAACGCGACGAAGUUAAAGCAUCUAUCGUAUCAGGCCAUGGCCAAAACCAGCCUGCAGCUGGCCGUCCAGUUCCUCUUCCACACUUAUCUGCGCACUAAAAAGAAACUCAGGGUGGACACAGAGGAGUGGAUCGCUAUCAUGGAGGUUUUGUUGUCCAAGAGCAGUGAGGCAUGUCAGUGGAUGGUCCAGUACCUGGUGGCACCUGAAGGACGGGAGAUCAUCAAGAUCUGUCUGUUGGAAUGCAGUGUGCGGGAGGUCCGUGUUGUGGUGGCUACCAUCCUAGAGAAGACCCUGGAGAGCGCUUUGUACUUCCAGGACGCUGGGUUGGACUGUCUUUUGGACAUGCUGCUCUCUCUAUUGGAUAAGGACGUCCCGGAUAACUGCAAGAACUGCUCUCAGUACUUCAGCCUCUUCAGUAACUUUGCCCAGAGGGGAUUUGGGCCAUGUCAGCUGCUGCUGAAACAUUCUGCUUAUCGUCGGAUGCUUGUCUUCCUCCUGGGACCCAACCGGCAAAACAACCAGCACCGGCGCUGGAGUUCAGCUCAGGCUCGAGAGUUCCUGCAUCUUCACAACACUCUGGCCCUGAUCGUGCUGCACACAGACCUCGUGCCUCAGAGGACGGAGUCUCAAGGAGUGUUCAAGCUCGCUUCAUCAGGACUGGUGGCUCCAUCUUCACCCCUCAUGUCUCUACAUCCAGACGUCAACACGUCGCUCUUUAAAACAGAAGGACAGGUGUAUCUCAUGGAGGUGAUGUUUGCCAUGCGUGAGCUGUCCGGCCCAUUGUCGUUUCUCAUAGAGAUGAUCACAUAUUGCUCGUUCUGUAACGAACCUUUCUCACUGGGAGUCCUUCACUUACUCAAGAACCAUCUGGAAACGGCUCCUCCUCAUGAACUGAAGAACGUCUUUCAGAUGCUCCUAGAGAUCCUGAUGCUAGAGGACCCACUGCAGUCUCAGAGGCUCAAAUAUGCAUUUGAAUCUGAUAAGGGCCUUCUGGCUUUAAUGCAUCAGAGCAACAAUGUGGACAGCAGUCGCUGCUAUCAGUGUGUGAAGUUCCUGGUCACGCUGGCUCAGAAAUGUUCUCCAGCUAAGGACUAUUUUAAAGAGCUCUCAGGACAUUGGAGUUGGGCAGUGCAGUGGCUUCAGAAGAAGAUGUCUGAGCACUACUGGACGCCUCAGAGUAACGUAUCGAACGAGACGUCCACAGCUAAAACCUUCCAGCGCACCAUCUCGGCACAGGACACUCUAGCUUAUGCCACCGCUUUACUGAAUGAAAAGGAGCAGUCUGGCAGCAGUAAUGGUUCAGAUGGCAGCCCAGCCAAUGAGAACUCAGACAGAAGCCUCAGACAGGGAUCCGAAUCCCCAAUGAUGUUGGGUGAUUCUCGAAGUGAUCUAGAAGAUGUGGAUCCAUAACGCUUCUUAUUGUUUUUGCGCAUCAAAACAACACAAAAAAGUUACCCUCCGAUGGCAAAAUGUGGCUUUAAACAGACAAUCAGAAAACCGCAGUUGAACUUCUAGGGAUUGGAAAUGGAGCGACCAGAAGACGCCAAAGGGCCCGUCGGAGCGCUCGCUCUUCAGGCAUCCUCGCACGAGAAGUAAACAGAGGCGAAUAAAUCUCUUUUUUUUUUUUUUUUUGGUGGUUAAAGACUGGCUGGAUGAAAUACGAGUUCAGGUCAUGCAAGUGAUUUAAAUGUUUCGUCUGACUUGAGUUCUUUCAGACGAGCAAGACUAAAUAAAAACGGAGGCGUUCGUUUCCUUGACGUUUUUACGCCGAACUACUAUGGUGCCAGACGGUGUGUU